UGGCAUAUAGAUGUAUAUCUGUUCAGCUACUUUUUAUAAUAAGAAUACUAUGUGUGCAAACAUGCACGGCCAUAAUUGAUCCAAAUGGUCGUGACGUGGGCGUAACUUCAUGUUAUGACAUGCAACUCUUUACGGUUUUAUAGUUCAUUCGUGUUUACUGGAGCGUAUCAACAAAGGAUGUAGUUACAAAAACUGAAGCGAAAUGCAUGUGUUUAAAAGUGAAACAAAAAAAUGUCUGUGUUCGUUCUGAACGUAUGUUAAGAUUUGACUGUCAAGAGGAGAUUCAAUUAUCGCUGUUCGAAUUCAAGUUCAUCUCAAGUGCAUUAUGGAGACUUGCGUGAUAGCCGUCGAGGAAAACCAAAACGAUAUCGUCAAGGCACAUUCUUGUUUCGAGAGGACGUUUUCAUCCAUGACCGUGGACGAUGUGUAUGAAAUUGCUAAAGCGGUGGGGGCAGAAGUGGAGAAACUCAUCGACAGCUAUGGGAAGUCGAGUGUGGAGGGUCUGGUGUCUCAUAUAGUAAAAGUGUUAGAGCUCCUGGAGAGUUUCGCAGCAAGAAACCAAGCUCAUAAAUGUAAGGAAGAGGAACUAUUAAAGGCGUUUGAGACAUUACAGAUACAGCAACAGAAGAAACGACACGUGAAGGAGUGCGAUGAGUCCAGCAACAGUAACGUUACAGAGAGUGGGGACUGGCAUCAGAAAGAGAAGAAACUGAAGGAAACCGUAGAAGUGUUACAGUCCCAGGUGCAACAGCUCAAGGAAGAAAAUCAGGAGCUUCUUGCCCGUUUACAAUGCACACACUCCAAAGAAGACCGCACACAGCGUCAGGAACGAGAGGUAAUGCUCAAGCUGAAGGAAGUGGUGGAUAAGCAACGUGAUGAGUUGAGAGCGAAAGUGCAGGAGAUUUCCAGCAUGUCCAAGGAAGUGGAAGCGCUCCAGGAGCAGCAGGAGCGACUAAUGAAGAUAAACGCAGAGCUCAGACACAAGCAGAACAUCAUACAGACUCAGCUGAAGAGCGCAGUGGAGAGGAGGGCCGACCUGGAGGCCGACCUGUGCGAGAAACAGAAAGAGAUAGAGCGCCUGAACUCACAAUUAGAAAGAGCCAGCGUACAUACUGCUGCUGAAACGAGCAGUACAGCCAUAGACCUCACAGAUAAGAUGAUCAUUGAUUUGAAGGAUCCAAAUCGACCGUGUUUUACAAAGCAGGAAGUACGAGACUUGCUUUCUGAAAAGAACGAGUUGAAGGCCAAUCUGUUUCUGGUCAAAGAGGAGCUUGCAUAUUACCAAAGGGAAAUCCUGAAUGAUGAGAGAUGCCCAGGGUUCUUACUGGAUGCCGUGCGCUCUACCAUAAAGAAGCAGAGGACCGUCAUAAAGUCUAAAAUGCUUGGCAUACCCGUUAGUGAAUGUAGAAUAGAUGAGACAGAUGGUCCUUUGUUUGAGAGGAGUGGAAAUGAAGACAAUGACACUGACAGCACUGAGAACAGACCCCAUGGCUCACGCAUCAGAAAACUAUUUGGUUUCCUUACGCCAUCCAGUCUUACUUGGAGCUCUGUUUCUCAGCCUUCCGGCCUUCCAACAUCCAGCUCCACAUGGGAAAUCCUUGAUCCAGACGAGCAAGGAGACGAGGAGGAGACACAGACCCUCAGCUCCUCUUGAGAACCACCGCAGCUGCCACACAUCUUCACCUGGGUUGGAAGAGAGUUCAAAGUUCAAGUUCAAAAUGUGUUCUUUAUUUGAUUUAGGUUUCAAACCGGAGAACGGACGACUCUUGUAUUUGCUUAUACAAACAUAGUAUUAAUAGUUGUUGCCUAAGCCGACCUUUUUCUCAGUAUAAAUCAUUCAGCACUUGUCUUUUGUUAAUUAGCUGAUAGCUAGAUUUGUGCCUGAUGGACGGACACUCAGCGUCACAGAUGACCUGAAGAUGAGAUCAGACUGGGUUAGUCAUAUCCAUAUUGUUGUUGUUUUUUGUUUACCAUUUAAAAAUGUAGGGUCAGGAAGAAUUUUUCAUGUUUUUGAAAAAAUGCUUUUAAUCACCAAGGCUGCAUUUAUUUGGUUAAAAAGCUGUAAUUUUACAGUAACUAUUUUUAAUUUUAAUUUAUUUUUUAAAUGUAAUUUUUACCCUGUAAAGCUGACUUUUACUCCAGUCUUCAGUGUCACAUGGUCCUUCAGAAAUCUCUAAUUUCUCCUUAUUACCGUUGAAAACGCUUAUGCAGCUUUUUUGUGGAAACAUUUUUUCAGGAUUCUUUGAUUAAUAGAAAUGUAGAAAUAUUAAUUAGAAAAAUUAGAAAUAGAAAAGAUACUACAGCUUUUGAUCAAUUCAAUGCACACUUGCUAAAUAAAAGUAAUAAUUUCUUAGAAAAAGAGAAAGUCUUACCCAAAACAGUAUGGCAUAUACAGUUAAGAUUAACUGGUUAAUUUUUUUUUCCUCUUUCUCCUAUUUUAAGUUUAAUAUGAAAAGCCAACUGUUAGUAAUACAUUUUGCUGAUUUUCCAACGAGUAUAAGCAAAGGUUUUUUGGCACUUUCAAAGUAUUGCUGUUUCAAGGCUACAUGUAAUAAGCUGAUUAUCAGGAAAUUGACUUGGAAGGGAUGGGUACAAGGGUUUAUAACAAUCAUUAUUGUCAUUUCAAUUGGUAGCGCGAAUGACCGCAGACUGGUGCACUUAAAAACAUGGGAAUAAUCUGCGGUUUUUUGAUAAUCAUAAAAGACCUGGCAUUAGAUUAUAGAUGUCUGGAUGUAAGCUACAAAGAAUUAUAGUACCUAUUUUUAUAGAGAGUAUAUUUAAUAUGGAUUUUAACCAAAGAUACUGACAUUGUAUUGCCAUGAUGGUCACACUGACCCUUUGUCACUAGGGGGCAUUAGAGUAUUUUGUAUUCAUGUUCUUCCAGUAUACUU